AGUUGAUACUCGAUUGUCCGAUAGAUGUAAAGGUUCUUUUUGAAGUUAUAUGUCUAAAAGUCAGUAGUCAAUAAUACUAUUGUCUAUUAUACUGUUCGUCUGUAAACAAACUUUAAAUUUUCAAUGUUAAGAUAAAAUCAUCACAGAUCAACGAUAUUUCAAGUUUACUUAUAAAUGUACGACAUACUUUGAGAUGGAAAACUCCCUAACACCAACUUCAAACACAGAUAUGGAGGAUUCAGCUAUAAAAGAAGACACAGUUCCAAAUAAAAACACCGAACAGGAAUAUGGAGGAUUAUCAAAGAAAGUAAACGAUUCAAAUAUAUUUCCCGUUGGAAUAUACCGCAAAAUCAGUGAAGCGUCGAUACCAGAGAGUCUUAGUUAUCAGUCGACAAGUACCCAGGGUGGAAAUCCAGAGGUGACGUAUCGGAAGUGGCUUGUCUUGUUUGCAGGUUUCAUGGAUUUAUUCAUUUGCGCAGGAUUUCCUUUUAACAUGUCGGUAUUGAAUGUAGCUUUCUUGGAGGAAUUCGGCAAAAGUAAAGCGGAAACAUCAUUAGUUCAAUCCGUCGCGACAGGAAUGUUCUUUAUUGCAGGUUUUCCAAUGGGAACUGCAGUGAGUAGAUACGGGGCAAGAAAGGUCGGGGUUUGUGGUGGAUUUGUAGCUUUCCUAGGACUUCUGCUUGCCUUUUUUGUGACUAAUCUUCUCUUCCUCAUCAUGACGCUUGGAUUCAUCACAGGUCUUGGGCUAUCGGCUUGCUAUAUUUCGGCAUCGACAAGUGUGGGUGAAUACUUUGACGGAAAGUCAAAACUGUUAGCGUUAUCAUUGAUAUCGUUUGGGUCUGGUUUUGGAUCAACAAUAUUUCCUUACAUCCUCAACUUUCUAACAAGAAGGUACGGCUGGAGAGGAUGUUUGUUAAUUGUCUCCGGCUUAAUGGCAAAUAUGGUCCCAUGUUUUGCGGUAUGUAAACCUCGCAACGUCGGCGUAUCCUCGCCUCAAGCAACUGAAGCUGAAAGUAGUAACAACAAGAGGCCAUCUUUCAUUCGAAAAUAUUUUCCCUGUUUUCAAUAUAAAUGUAACAACAAUAGUCGACUGUCGGUUGUGACGACUAUAUCAACCGCUAGUUCUCUUCAUUCCACUUCAGACGAUGGACUUCUCUUUAAACUGAAAGCACUAGCAAACAACAAAGUUUACAUUUUGUUUACCACAGCUAUGCUGAUUGCAAUUCCUUCAGUUAACUCUAUCUUGAUAUUCCUCAUUACUGUUCUGCAAUCUAAGGGUUUCGAUUUACCCACAUCGGUAUUUCUAUACUUCUUCAUGAGUCUGGUCAGUACCGUUUUCAGACUGGUGCCUGGAUUCUGUGAGAAGAUCCCCCACAUGAGCGUCCUAACAAUACCCAUUUUCUUUAUGAGCAUUGGUGCCAUUGCCAGUGCAUUGCUUCCAAGAGCGACUACGUACGAACAACACUUACUUUUGUUGGGAAUGUUGGGGACGAUGCUUGGCGGGACAGUGACAACGUUAUCCGUUACGACUAUGAAACUUGUUGGAACGAAAAAUUACUCCACUGGACUUGGUGUCUCCGUAACCACCGUUGGUAUUAGCAAUACAUGUGCAGGACCAAUAGCAGGAUAUAUCAGGGACAUUACGGGAUCCUACAAUAUAUCUUAUUACGUUGUGUCGGUGGCACUUGUCGUGGCCAUGGGUUUUUACUUAGCGGCAGCUGUAACAAGAAAAUGUGGUAGAGACAGCUCUGAAAACCUCCAAAAAUAUUUGGAAAGUGGUAGGAGAGGAACUAGACGACGGUCGAGUUUUCUCCCUUGGAAAGGAAAAGUUGAGUUCAUAUUCUAAUAUUAUUGUAUGUUAUAAUUACUAUGUAGUAAAUACAAAAACAUUGAUUAAAGUGACGUAUAAUGUAUAGUAUACAUGCAGAUGAUUUUAUAUACAAGGAUAUAUAUUCAUAAUACCGUAGUUUAGAAACUCCAAAAUAGUCUUCUCAAAGAAACGUACAGAAACUAUAUUAUAACAUUGUGUUUCAGUAGAAAGUUUACAGUCCAAAAUACCCGACAUCUAAAUCGUAUGUUACAUUGUUAUCUAUUUAUAAAUACUGCGUAUUCAAUUUCAAUUUCAACAUAUUUUAUUGACAUAAGAUGUAAUUUUGCCAAUAGGAUUAGACAGCUGGCAUUGCCUAUAUUAGUCCUCUCCUUAUAUAAUAGGUGGCAAACAGACAUAAACAUAUAUACACACAUGAAUUAAGAUUAACAAUGGUGCAACAAAAGGGGAGGCAACUCCUCAAUGUGAAGAAAAAGGUUUAUUAUACAAAAAUGAGGUGACACUCUAAAAUGAUUUUGGAUGUUAUUUUUUGAUUGCUGAGUGCAUCUAUUUGGUCAAAUUGAAUUUAUUUCCCCAACAGAUACAGGUUUUAAAGUCCAUUUGUGUAACACAAUAGCCAUCCACUGUUAGGGAUCAAGACCCAAUUUUACCAAAUAGAUACAUAUUUUUAGGGUGGGUUACACCAACUUGAUCUUAUAAAUAAAUAUUUAUGAGAACUUUACUAAUAGGAGUUGCCUCUAUUUAAUAUAUAAAUAUAAUAAUACAUACAUAACAUAAUUGUAAGUGAAUUGAUGUAAAUAAGAUUUAGUACGGCUGCCCAUAGCCUGUCGUAUCAUGGUGGUCAUCUUAGGGUUAAGCUAUUAUGUUUCAUACUGAAGAAUAAAUGGUUCAACGUAUAUGUGA